ACUUUUGCAAAUUUGUUUUACGGUAACACCACACCAAGACAAAAUAAGCAUUGUGACCUGCGACGCGGUGUAAUGUUACCGAAAUCAAAGAUUGCGAUUACGGUAACUCAGGAGUCAUUUUCUCUCAGCCAAAAUUGUCUUUGUUUAGGGUAGAUCCUCUUGCACGAGCCCCUUUGUUACCACAGCCUGGUUACCGAAGGCAAAAAACUUACAGCACACCACUACUUCAGGUAGGAGGAUGGGAGUAGCAGGUGGGCGAACAGGUAAGCCUGCCCGGUAAGAACGCCGCGAGGUGGACUGUCAAACUAAAUUCUCCCUCGUCUUGCCGCCAUCUUAAAAAAAUCUGCGGCGCAAACAUCGGAGUAUGAUUUUGUAGACUGCCAUUGUGACACGCGAUUCAAAAAAGGAUAUAUAAACUCAGCAAACGUCGAUACAUGACUGCAGUCUUGGAGAAUGACAGCACUUUGGACAAGACCCUGGCGAAAGGAACUAAAUGACUUAUGAGAGAGGGUUCGACUACUGAAGGCUGGUGAGGAUGAGAAUGGAUUCGAGAGGAAGUAUGGAGGGGGAACAACUUGACGACGAUGACGAGAGCCCGAGACGCCGGCGCCGACAGAUCGCAGGAUGGGACAUCUCUGCACUCAUCAGAAUCGACUCCCGCCUUCUCCGGGCAAUGGCAAGCCAUGACAACCGGCCCACCACCACCCCGGGUGCUCUCGGGCGCAGAUCACUCUCCCCUCCCAAAACCGCCACGGAAAUCUCACCCCGACCCAAGACAACCCUGACCGAUCGCGAGAGAAACUCCGUCACCUCCAUGGGCCAUUACAUGGAGACCGGGAAAGUCUCCUUCGCUCAGCCGAUCCGUUUCUCCAGCACACACGGGAAGAACAUCGAGUUGUCGUCGGACAGAAGGACUGCUUGUAGGACGGACAGUUUCUGUAACGGCAUUACGUUCAGUAACAGACCCAUACGGGUGGGAGAGAAGGUACAUUUGAAGAUGAACAAGGUCCAGCUUGGCUGGAGAGGUGUUCUGAAACUAGGCUUCACCAUGACGAACCCGUGCACUGUGGACUCGGACUUACUCCCGGAGUACGCCGUACCGGACACUUCAAAACAACCCAGGUAUUGGGCGCUUCCAAUGAUGGAGAAAUACGCACAGAAGGACAACAUCUUUUCAUUCUACCUUACCGAGAAGGGCACGGUCAACUAUUCCAUCAACUUAGAGAACAAGGGGGUCUUUCUGGAGGGGUUAGAUGACACCAAGCCGCUCUGGGCACUGGUUGACGUCUUCGGCAAGACAGAGGAGAUUUCUAUUGUCGAUGAAGAGGCAGCAAAAGAGGCAGUCGAGGCCUUCGAGAAGUCUGUCGGGAACCACAAGGGCGACGGAGACGAGGACUCCGACCACUCCUCUCGCAUCUUCUUCAACAACGCGCGCGGGACCAACAUCCGGCUGGAGGACAAACACAAGGUCGUGCGCCGGAAACGGAACACUUUUUGGAACAGCCUGGCCUUCACGUCACGACCAAUGGUGACCAAUGAGAUGCUGUUCGUGGAAGUGUUGGAGGUAAACGCCCAGUACGCAGGCUCGAUGGGGUUCGGCGUGACCUCGUGUGACCCGGCCAAGCUCGCCAGCGAUACGGAGAAGACGGGUCUGCCCGACAACGCAGACAUCUUGGUGAUGAAGCGUACGGAGUUGUCAGAAUACUGGAAACUGAGUAGAGAACUCAAAGUGCCCUCUAGCGGAGACAAACUGAGCUUCAUGAUCACGGAAGAAGGGAACGUUCAUUAUGAUGUGAACGGGGCAGGCGCCAUGGUGCUACUGAACGUUGACCUCAACAUCGGACCACUGUGGGCACUGUUCGACGUGUACGGAAGCACGCAGGCUAUCAGACUGUUGGGUGUGAUCAAAUGCGAAGACACCCUACGAGAGGAGGAACAGACACAGGAGGAAGACGACUUGGAAGACGUCUUGAUGGGAACGAAACCCAGACAGGCGGAGCAAGACGCCGACACGGAGUGCUCCAUGUGUUACAAGAAGGAGCGACCGAAGGACAGUGUUGUGUAUCCCUGCGCACACGUGUGUCUGUGCCACCUGUGCGCCAUCAAACUCAAGAAGUACAUCCCGAAAGCGUACUGCCCUGUCUGCAGCUCUCCUGUCAAGGAGGUCAUCAGACUACUCGCGUUCUGAUCCAUGACGGAGCACGUCAGAACUUAUGACAAAAUACUGUACUACAAAACUACGGCCAUGACGUUUCUAAAAUGUCAACAUGACAAGGCAAAAUAUGCCGUAGCGCGAUCAAAAACGCGUCACUCUGUAGUUUCCCCGUGUGUACGUAGUUCUCUGUGAAAUCGUUCAUCAGACCACGUUCUCGCGUUCUGGUGAUCUAGUCCGCCAGAAUUUGAACUGAUGACGACUGACCAUGACGUAUUCAUCGUAUAUGCAGCAUGACAACGUAUGUGUAGAGCAUAAAAUGUAUUGCCAUGUCAUUGAGUCUUGAAUAUUUUGAACAAUAAGUCACCCCAAGCGUUAAUAUUAAUAUUGUUGCGGGCAUGAAAAUGACAAACCUACUUUAAAAAAGAAAUUUUGAUGUAACCUUCUUCAUGUAAUGCAGUCAUAGCCUGGGUACCAUCCCACACUCGCUUCCCUAACAAGUACUUGUAGGAUACAAGUAGGAUGGUACCGAGGCUAAUGCAGUCAUCCAUGGGGUCGAACAAUUUAUAAGCUAAAAAGCCGUCCAUGACACCGAAAGCAUUGUAAGGAAAACAUGACAUCUAGCGACUCAAACGUGCGGUGCAUGUAGUACACGCCAACACACCCUUCCACCGAUAUUAAAGCAACGUUUCCAUAG